UUCUGCCCCAGUGGCCUCAGGCAAGGGGAGAACUGACCCUGCUAGCAGCAUCCAGAUGUGGCAGGCUCUGGGGACUUUGGAUGCAGACCCCUGGAUUGGAAAGCAGACAGGAGGAGGGGGAGGCAGAGUGAGUACCCUCCACAUCUCCCUCCCCCCCUCUACCCUUUACAGUCUACAUGGAGACAGAACCUCCCUCCUAUACCUACAGCAACCAAAGCCCUGCACCCCUCUCUGCAUCUGCCUGGAAAAUGGAUCUGAAUUGAUGAGGGUAAUUUCAGAGGGGGAGGUAUAUAGAGAAAGAAAGAAAAAAUAUUGGGAGUCAUAGAGAAAGACACAUUCUGCCACCAGCAAACAAAUGGGCGCAGGGGCAGCAUCUUCCUGAGGGCAUCUCCCCUGCACCUGGUUGAUGGAAACUUCUUUUCAUUGCUUUAUUCUGGACUUGUAAAAAAGUGUUAUUACUGGACUAAACUGGAACCUGCAGCCCAGAAGAUAUGCAUCUUAAGAAACUGGUAGAGCAAAGAAAGGAAGCUCUGUCGGUGGUGAGCGACGACCAUACUUUGUUUGAUUCAUCGUAUGGAGCAUCAUCUCAUCUCACGAAGGCUGACAUGACCGCCUCAGGGAACCCCGACUAUGGCCAAGCUCACAAAAUCAACACUCUGCCCCCACAGCAGGAGUGGAUCAACCAGCCAAUGCGGGUCAACAUCAAAAGGGAAUACGAUCACAUCAAUGGAUCCAGGGAAUCGCCGGUGGACUGCAGCAUCAACAAGUGCAGCAAACUCAUCGGAGGUUCGGAAACGAACGCAAUGACUUACAACAGCUACAUGGAUGAGAAAACUGCUCCUCCGCCAAACAUGACCACCAAUGAGAGGAGAGUCAUUGUGCCAGCAGAUCCCACCUUGUGGACACAGGAUCACGUACGGCAGUGGUUGGAAUGGGCCAUCAAGGAGUAUGGGCUCAUGGAAAUCGAUCCCUCGCUCUUUCACAAUAUGGACGGCAAAGAACUGUGUAAAAUGGGUAAAGAGGAUUUCCUCCGGAGCACGUCUCUCUACAACACCGAAGUCCUGCUUUCUCACCUCAGCUACCUCAGGGAAAGCUCGCUGGGUUAUAACGCUCCAUCGCAUACAGACACAUCUUCACGGGUGACGGCAAAAGAGGACCCUUCUUACGAGGCAGUGAGGAGAUCUGGAUGGGGAAAUACCGUAAACUCGCCUGUUACCAAAAGUCCCCCACUGGGAGGAACUCAAAAUGUGAACAAAACUACAGAUCAGCAGAGGCCGCAGCCAGAUCCAUAUCAAAUAUUGGGACCUACAAGCAGUCGGCUAGCAAACCCAGGCAGUGGCCAGAUCCAGCUGUGGCAGUUUCUCUUGGAGCUGCUUUCCGACAGUUCCAACGCCAGCUGCAUCACAUGGGAAGGCACCAAUGGGGAAUUCAAAAUGACAGACCCGGAUGAAGUAGCCCGUCGGUGGGGCGAGAGAAAAAGCAAGCCCAACAUGAACUAUGACAAGCUGAGCCGGGCUCUACGAUACUACUACGAUAAGAACAUCAUGACUAAAGUCCACGGGAAACGCUAUGCCUACAAAUUUGACUUUCAUGGCAUUGCUCAGGCGCUACAGCCUCACCCUACGGAGACAUCCAUGUACAAGUACCCAUCAGAGUUCUCAUAUAUGCCGUCAUACCACCCCCACCAGCAGAAAGUUAACUUUGUUCCUUCACACCCCUCCUCUAUGCCAGUGACAUCGUCCGGCUUCUUCGGAGCAACUACACCCUACUGGAGUUCACCAAACGCAAAUAUCUACCCAAACCCAAAUGUCCCACGACACCCAAAUACCCAUGUGCAGUCACACUUGGGAAGUUUCUACUAGAUCCCUUCCACACAGCGGACAGCUUUGUGACUUCACUGGUGAUUCCUCUGGAAAAAUAUCUCACCUUUGUUGGAUAAUGUGUUGCCUUAAGUACAAACGUGAAGAAAAUUGGGCACGACCAGGAUUCUGGCAACCACACUAUUGUCCUUGGCUAAAAGUGGAAAUGGAUCUUUUGUGGGCCAGUAUUACUUAAAAGUUUUUUUCUGCCUUAAAGGUUUGACAAGUUCUGGAGAUGGAAUUUGCCUGGCAAUAACAAUCAAGCAAUUUAUAUGAGACUUUAUUUUUCUUUUUUGUUUGUUUCUUUAUUCUUAAUUCUGAUUUUGUAUUAUCAGAGGCACUGGAUGGCAACAUGGAAAUGUUUUAACCAACUGGAAACAAAAGGAAAUAUUUUUAAAUAUAUAUUGACCAUAAGGGCAUCUCAUAUACCCCUUUGGAGUGUACAGUGUAACAAUCUCAUAUGUCCUUUUGCUAAAUAUAGGUUUAUUUAACUGAAAAUCCAUACUUGGGGGGGGCUCCAUUUAAAAUGCAAAUAUUUAGCCCAAUAAUAAUAUCCAUGCAACAGAGUGAUUAACAGUUAUUUAUGCUCUAUACAACAAUUAAGGCUUAUUUUGCUUCUCAGUAGAUGAUACACUCCUGCAACAGAACGAUGUACGUACACAAUCGUAUUACUGCAUGUCUGCGGUGACAUUUAUGGCGCAAAACCAUCCCUCGCUAUGCUGUGAAUAUUCACAAUAAGAAAUUCAGUAUUCUGGGAAACACCUGCAUUAAACUGGAGACUGCAACCCAAGGGAUCUGCAUACAAUAAGACCACGCAUAAAACAUUUAAGAUAAAAUAACAGAUACAAGGUAUGUUAGUUAUACUCGUUGUGCUUUCCGACAUAGAUGACACUAGAAAAUUAAUACCACGAAUAUAUUAAGCCAAACAGAAAAGUAAAAACAACCAGAAAGCUAGGUUUUUAUUAACCUGUUAUAAAGAUGUAGAUAAGCCCCCCUCAUGUUAUUGCCUC